GACCAUAAUGCAAAAUACAAUUCAAAAGUAUAUACCUUAAGUAGGAUACAUGUUAUUUGCUUUUUGGAUCCCCAUGUAGUAAAUAUGUGUACUUAAACAUGACAGUGGACUAAUGUAAACUAGUGUUUAUGUGCUACUUAAAAUAAAGACAUCAAGCAUUUAUGGUGAGUGAAAGUCACUAUAUUCUAUACUACAUAGUGCAUAUAUGUGUGUUCUGUAUCCUGUUGCUUCUGUGUGUAUGUAUAUGUGUGUGGCUGUGCUCAGUAUUAGUGGUGGGCGCAUAGGUUUAAAAGAAAUGUUCAUGCUUAACUGAACUGUACUGAACAUGUACACUAAAAAGUCGAGGCCCUGUUGCAACAUGUAAGGGAACGUCACCAUUACUACACCAUUGCUUGUGCUUCCACCUUGUGGUCUUAACAUGAAUAGAUGCUAUCUAGUAACUGUGCUGUGACUUAAUAAAGCCAAAAUAAAAAAUAUACUGACACUGACUUUCUGCAGCAGCUGACAUAUACAAAAAUUCACAUAUCAUGCAAACAUAAUAUAUAUUUACCUUUUCCCCCAUGUUUAUACAAGUUAUUUUAAAUUAACUGUAAACAACUGGUUAAUAAACCAGCAUUUCUGUCUAUAUUCAACUAUUGGAAAAGGAUUAAAAAACCCGUACAAGCAGCUUUACAACUCUCCUCCCACCUAUAACCGCACUAUUCCAAUUCAACUCCACUCGAAGCAAAUAACAUGCAGUAUACAAUAUUUUCUGUAACAGGAAGAGCCUGUGUGGUAGACUAUUGGAGGAGGAGCAGGAUCGUGUUAACUGUGAGUCUUCUGAUUGGAAGAACCAGCCAGGUAGGAAGGGUGUCCCAGCAUAACCUGUGAUUUAAUCUGAGCUCCUAAGAAAUUUUCUGUUAUUGCUGAAACUCCUGCUUUUGUACUGACCACCUUUUCCACUCACCUGAAGCACAGACUGGAGCAUGCAACAACAAGGCCGGCUCAGGCUGAGGCCGUGGCUGGAGGAACAGAUUCAGUCUGGGAGGUAUCCAGGAGUCAGCUGGCUGGACCAGUCAGCACGAAUCUUCCAGAUCCCAUGGAAACAUGCCGCUCGCCAUGGUUGGAGUAUUGAGAGAGAUGCUACCCUUUUCCGGAGCUGGGCCAUGCAUACAGGACGGUACCAUCCAGGCAAAGAUAAGCCAGAUCCAAAGACAUGGAAAGCAAAUUUCCGCUGUGCCUUGAAUUCUCUGCCUGACAUCUGUGAGCUGCGAGAGCACAGCAAAAAGAGAGGCAGUAAUGCCUACAGAGUCUACAGGAUGCUGCCCAGCUCACAAACACAGAAACGCAGAAGAGGGCUGCGGUUAUUCGACCGAUCCAGAGAAAGACAGACCAGUUUAAGUGAAUGCACAUCUAAUGACAUGCACAACACACAGAUUUGGCAACCCACAACAACAAGGCCCAUUACAGACAUACCACAGAAGGUGGAAGCUGUUGCAGAGAACACAUUUACCAGCAUUCAAAGACAGGGGAUGUGGGACGCCAAACCAGUGGACCAGGAACAGAGUGAGGCCGUCUUUAAGCUGAUGGAUCACUUAAACAACACUGAGCUCUGGAACCAGACCGGGGAGCAGAGAGGAUGGAGAACACACAAUCUCUGGAACCACUGGCACUGUCCUGGAGAUGAUAACUCAUAUCCUCUGCACACAGAGAACUGCAGUGAUCUAUUUGGUCCAAACUACAUCAAGGAACUUUCCGACUGGUCCACACAUCAGCAACCACUGAUGCCAUAGCUGUGCACCCAAGAACUCCAUCUACCUUCUCUUUGUGUUUACUUUGUGUGUUUUUUCUUUUAAGCUUUCUUGCUAACCUUCAUCCGUUUCCCUCUUAUUGUUUUUCUGAUAAGCUAAUUGCAGGAAAUAGGAGAAAUGCGAGAGGGCAGGGAACAUUGCUCUGUCAUCCUCUCUGCUGAGCAUGCUGGGAUGAAGAUCCAGUUCCAAGCCAAGCUUUACCUCUGUCAACAUUACUUAUGUUUAGAUUUAGUGCCUAACACUCACAGAAAUGACCCCAAGCUCGCAGAUCUCAUUUCAUCGCAGUGCAGGAUCAGUUUCUGUUCGCCCGUUUCAGUGAGCUUGACUGGAUGUUUAGCCA